AGCUUCUUAAAGGACAGAGUUAGGCUACCGAGGCGAUACGAGGAUCCAUGAGAAACCCUUCGAAUAGACUACCGCUCCAGUAUCACGGUUGUGUGGGCCUUGAGCCAUGGAUGCCGGGAGGCUGGAGCAGCAGGUGCUCAGUGUGGAGAGAGGCAUCGCCUUCCUGAAGCAGGAGCACGUAGUUAUGCUGACGGGUCUGCAGAUGGAGAUCACACACCUGAAGAGACGCUGUCACGAGCUAAGCUGUGAGCUGGACUCCAGGUUUCCUGAAAGAAACACAGCAGAGGCGGAAGCAGAGCUGGCAGCACGUUGUGAGGCUGCAGAGUGUCUCCUACGGGACCAGCAGUGCAUGAUUGUCACUACACGUGGGGAGCUGCGGGCUGGCCGGGCACGAGCAUCAGCACUCGGAAGGAGCCUCAGAGAAGAAGAGCGACAUUUCCUGGAGGAACUGAAACGCCGCAGCCACCAGAUCACGUUACUGAGUCGUGAGUUGCAGCGUCAAAAUGUCACUACAACAACCCUCUGUCAUGAGCUCCACAGCGCACGUUUAAAAUUGUUUCAGCAACGGCAGUGCACAGACUCUGUUGCAGAAAGGGAAGGGGAACCCAGAGGAAAGGAGGAAGAAAAAGAAGAAGAGGAAGAGGAGGAUGAAGAUGAUGAUGGCGAGGGCUCAGAAUGGCUUCUGUCUCCACCUCCUCCAGAGAGAUACCGCCUCCUUCGCUUGAACCAACCAAUCAGGAUGCAGGAUGGAGAGGGGAUGGAGGAUGAGUGGGAAGAUAUAGAGGACAGCAGGGUGCACAGAAGGGUGGACAUGGGAGCAGGAGAGGGAGAAACUGCUCUGUGA